AUGGUGUUUAUUGAUUUGGAGAAAGCGUAUGUCAUGGUUCCAAGGGAGGUGCUCUGGAGAUGCCUGGAAGUGAAGGGCGUGUCGGUAGCCUACAUAAGAGCGAUCAAAGACAUGUAUGACGGAGCUAAGACUAAGGUUAGGACUGUGGGAGGCGACUCAGAGCAUUUUACGGUUGUUAUGGGAUUACACCAAGGCUCUGCGCUUAGCCCAUUCCUAUUUUCCUUGGUGAUGGAUGCUUUGACACGCCAUAUUCAAGGGGAGGUGCCAUGGUGUAUGUUGUUUGCUGAUGACAUCAUUCUAAUUGACGAGACGAGGGCAGGUGUUAACGAGAGAUUGGAG